GCGCAAGUGAGCGCCUGAGACAGGUCCUGCCUUUGCCCAUAUCCUGACAGUUCUCCCACAGCAGCCAGCACGUGUGAACAUCUGAGGCACCACCCCUCCUCUGUCCACAGCUCUCCAGGGUUCUCUCAUUCCUCAGGAUGAAAGCCCAAGUUCUCCCCGAGGCCCAAAAGGUCCUGCCCCAUCGCACCCCCCUUCCCUCUCUGCUCUCACCUCCUCUCUUUCCUCCUUGCUCACUGUGCUUCAGCCAUACAGGCUUCCUCCACACUUUCCCUCCAACAUGCCAGGCACAGACCUGUCCCAGGGCCUUUGCAUGUGCUGUGCUCUCCACUUGGAAUGCUCUUGCCCUAGAUGUCUGCUUGGCUACUCUACCUUCCUCAGGACUGCUCAAAUCCCACUUUCCCCAUAGGACUAUGCAGAUCACUUCUUUCCCAAGCCCUGCCCUGUUCUUCCCCCAAUCCAGCACUUCCUGCCGUGAAUCACGCUAUCUCACUUAUUUCCUAAAUGUCCUGUGUCUGUCUUCCUCCAUCAGGGUAGGGGGUCUCUGCUUUGUUCACCGAUUUUCUAGCACUGUGUCUGGCUGGUGUGGAGCAGAUACUUGGUAAACGUUUGUGGAAUGAAUGGCCAAGGCCCUUGAGGAUGAGUGGAGCAUUGAUGAGUGUGAGCACUUACUUCCCCUCACUAGCAUUGUCAGGACUACAUCAACCCUUCUGUUGUUGGUGGAGAGGUGUGAGAGACCCCUGGGUAAGGGGUCUCAAGCUCAAAUGCCCUCAAUGCCAGUUAGCUGGAGUAAGGAGAGGUGGGCUGGGAGAGAGGGGACCUGCACAGAUCUCCCUACCCUGUUCACAGGGGCUGCUUGGCAAUUGCCAUCUGGUGGGCCCAGGGAAGCCAACGGUUCAUAGAGAGGGUGGGGAUUGCAGUUUUUAUGUGACAUCUCUCCAAGUUCUAAACAUGGCAACAAGUUUACAUCGUUUAAAACACUAGUACUGAAACAAAAUGAUAAUCAAAUAUACCUACCUCUGUGUUCACAGCAGCACACUUCCCAAUAGACAAAGGUGGAAACAACCCAAAUGUCCAUCAUCGGAUUAACGGCUAAACAAAAUAUGGUUCAGCAUAGCAUCUAUAGCAGCUGGCGUAGAGCAGGUGCUCAGUAUUUGGUGGAAAAAUUAAUGAGUGAAAACAGGACUCCUCUGGGCCUGGGGAUUAGAUUGCUGACGUGAAUACAGGUGGGAGAAAUUAAGCACUACUGCGAACCAACUGUAUACCAGGGCGGAGGUGAGUGAGCAUGGAGUAACUGAAGCACUGGGGUUGCUAAGUGCAGGAUUCAUUUUUUCCAGCAGAGGGCGCUUUAAAAGGACAUGCUAAUGACGCAAAUUAAACGCAAGUGAGCCAUAGGCGGGCCUUGGGGGGGCUUUUCUCGUCAGGCGCGCCGUGGACAGCUCAGACGCCGAAGGGACCUUGGGCUCAAGAUGGCGCUACAGCCGCCACUGAAGACCGGGUGGCGGCGCCGGCGAGGCUCCCGGAGCCCUCAGGCAGAACAGUCUGCACCCUCCACCCCAUCUCUCACGCCUGCUUGUCUCGACCCAGGGGCUUACGACCCGCCUCGAUUCCGCGAGGUCAGGAGUUUCUGAUCGGGCACGCUGUGGACAGCCGCUUCCCCCGGAACUUUACGGCAGCGUCCGAGGGCCUCUGGGGGCCUCGGAGCAAGAUGGCGGCGUCGGGGUCUGUGAAGCGCGGGCGGAGGCGACCGCGACGCCAGUGAGGGUCCCGGGGACGAGGGCGGCUCCGGGCUGGGGCCUCCCCACGGGACGGACCAUGCUACGCUCCACCGGCUUCUUCCGGGCCAUCGACUGUCCCUUUUGGUCUGGGGCGCCCGGGGGUCCUUGCCGGCGGCCCUACUGCCACUUCCGGCACCGCGGGGCCCGGGGCCCGGGCGCGCCCGGCGGCGGCGGAGCGGCGCCCCCCGCAGCAGGGCUUGGUUAUGACCCGUACAACCCUGAGCUGCCCAAGCUCCCGGCAGAGAGGGAGAAUGGCGUCCUGGGCAGAGGGGACGAGCCCCACUCAGACAUCCUGGAGCUGGAGCUGGUCAACCAGGCCAUCGAGGCCGUGCGCUCUGAGGUGGAGAUAGAGCAGCGGCGGUACCAGGAGCUCCUGGAGACAGCCCGAGAGCACGUCUCUGCUGAGGUCCCAGCCCUGGCACCCCACGGCCCUGCCACCAGCUUGGAUGAGGAUGCCUUCCCACUGUCCUUUGAUUACAACCCUGGUGGCCAAAGCCUGUUAAGCCCCAAUGCUAGCUACCAGCCCACCCCACUGACCGCUCCUACUGAGCUGGGCAGCAAGUACUUGCUGGCUUCCCUGGACCCAGCGCAGGGCCGUGGCGGAGGGGGCAGUGGUGCUCUGGAGUACAUCCCCAAGGCUGUGAGCCAGCCCAGAAGGUACAGCCGCCCAGUCUCCAGCAGCAAGUAUGUAGUGGAUAACUCCAAGCCGUCCACUGACCUGGAGUAUGACCCACUGUCCAACUUCUCCGCUCGGCUGCUCAGCAGGGCCGGCUCCAAGGAUCACCGGGCCCCUAAGCGACCCCGGGGCUCCCGUGCCAACAGCGAGCCCUACACACCCGCGCCCAAGAAGCCCUGCGACCCCUUUGGCGGCUGCGAUGCCAGGUUCUCUGACUCAGAUGAUGACACUACUGCAGCUCCGGGGGACAGGCCAGCCACUGCCAACCCCCUGAGGGCGAAGGCGGGAGCCGAGAGCAAGGGUCCUGGCAAGCCAGGCUCCAGGGAGGGCCAGGAGCCCGAGGAGGGCGGCCUUCGGGAGACCAAAGAGAUAGCUGUGCAGUAUGACGUGGGGGACCUUGGGCAGCCUCCCAAGGACCCUGAUGGGGCAUGCCCGGCCAAGCCUGGCUCCUCCCCAGCCAGGAGCUCGAAAGAGGGCAGCAGCCACAAGAAGGGAAGAUCCAAGAAGAGGAAAAGUGGGGUGCCACCGGCCCCUAGCCCUAAGGAUGGUGUCCGGAGAACAGACAGGAGUAAGGACAGAGAGCACAAGAGGCCAGCUGUGAAGCCUUGUGUGGACAAGAAGGUCUCACAGGCCAGCACCUCCCAGCGCAGGGCAGAGAGGCCUCAAGGGACCAAGAAAAAGCCAUCUCUGGCCACCUCGGUGGUCAGCUCAGGGAAAGGCCGGACCGACCAGCUUCGGCUGCAGCCAAGCCCCAGCCCCACUGGCGGGGAUGCCUCCCAGCUGCCAGGCAGGAUGGGUGGGAAAAGCCCUUCUGGGAAGCUGGUGGAGCGGAAGGCCCACUCGCUGGACGAGGGCACCUCCCAGGCCCCCAAGCUGCAGAGGCGGACCCUGAGCCAUGCAGACCUCUUUGGGGACGAGAGUGAGGAUGAGGACCCAGGGCCCACGGCGCCUGCACUGGGUCCCUCUGCCCUCUCCAGCCUCAGCUCCAGCUCGGACUCGGACUCGGACUCUAGCCUGGACCUCUCAGCCACGCGGGGGCCACGCAAGCGCCUCAAGGCCUCCCCUCACCCCUCGCCUCGCCCAGCCUCCCUCUUGUCAUCCUCCUCCACAUCCUCGUCCUCCUCCUCCUCGUCCUCCUUGGGGGCAGGCAAAGAUGUGGACUACUCUGCCCUGGAGAAGGAGGUUGACUUUGACUCUGACCCCAUGGAGGAGUGCCUGCGCAUUUUCAACGAAUCCACCUGUGUCAAGACGGAGGACAGGGGCCGGAAGGCCCGGCAGCCCCCCAAAGAAGAGAAGGUGGAGGACAAGGAACAAUUGGGUCUGACCACUCUGUUCCCUGGGCAGAAGAGGAGGAUCUCUCAUCUCACCAAGCAAGGCAAGGAGGCAGAGCCCGUGAGGAGAGGCCCGGCCCCCCCCACCCGGGUCCCCACUGCCCAGGAAGUAUGUUACCGGCGAGCUCAGCAGGCUCAGAGGGAGUCAGCCAGCUGGCUCCAGGCUGCCCAGCCGCCGGCCGAGAAGCCGACCUCCGUCCACAUCUCAGUUCCCGGAGAGAAGAGGAGGAUUGCCCACGUCCCCAACCCCUGCCUGGCUGCAGCCUCCACAGGUACCAAGAGGACCCUCCCGGCCAGCAGCAGCCAGCCCCCUAAUGGGCUCGAGCUGGGCAGCCAGCUCCUAAAGACGCGCACGCUGUCAGGCAUGGCAUCCAAGACCACCAGCACCGUUACCCCCAAGCGCGUGGCACACAGCCCGUCUUUACAGAGUUUAAAGAAGCCUAUUAUCCCAAAAGAGUUUGGGGGCAAAGUUCCCACCGUCAUCCGCCAACGAUACCUCAACCUGUUCAUUGAGGAGUGUCUCAAGUUCUGCUCCUCCAACCAGGAAGCCAUAGAGAAGGCACUGAACGAGGAGAAGGUGGCCUACGACCGAAGCCCCAGCAAGAACAUUUACCUGAAUGUCGCGGUGAACACCCUCAAGAAGCUGCGGGGCCUGGUCCCCAGCACCGUGCCCGGCCUCAGCAAAACAAGUGGCCGGAGGGUUGUGUCCCAUGAGGCGGUGCUGGGGGGCAAGUUGGCGGCCAAGACCAGCUUCUCACUCAGCCGCGCGAGCAGCCCCCGUGUGGAGGACCUGAAAGGGGCCGCCCUGUACAACCGCCUCAAAGAGUACCUGCUCACCGAGGACCAGCUCAAGGAGAACGGCUACCCCUUCCCGCACCCCAAGCGGCCGGGGGGCGCGGUCAUCUUCACCGCUGAGGAGAAGCUGCCCAAGGACGCCUCGUGCAGGGUCUGCUGCCGCUGUGGCACUGAGUACCUCGUGUCCCCUUCGGGCCGCUGUGUGCGUGAUGAAGAAUGUUACUACCAUUGGGGGCGGCUCCGCCGGAACCGAGUGGCUGGGGGCUGGGAGACUCAGUACAUGUGCUGCUCAGCUGCCAUCGGCUCCACUGGCUGCCAGGUUGCCAAGCAACACGUGCAGGACGGCCGCAAGGAAAACCUUGAGGGGUUCAUGAAGACCUUUGAUAAGGAGCUUCCAGAAGAUGCUCACCCCGGAAUCUAUGCCCUUGACUGUGAAAUGUCCUAUACCACGUAUGGCCUGGAGCUGACACGGGUCACCGUGGUGGACACUGACAUGCAGGUUGUUUACGACACCUUCGUCAAGCCGGACAAUGAGAUUGUGGACUACAACACAAGGUUUUCAGGCGUGACUGAGGCUGACCUUGCCGACACAAGUAUCUCGCUCCGGGAUGUCCAGGCCGUCUUGCUGAGUAUGUUCAAUGCUGAUACCAUCCUCAUCGGACACAGCCUGGAGAGUGACCUGCUGGCCUUGAAGGUCAUCCACAGCACCGUGGUGGACACGUCUGUGCUCUUCCCGCACCGCCUGGGCCUCCCCUACAAGCGCUCCCUUCGGAAUCUCAUGGCCGACUACCUCAGACAGAUCAUCCAGGACAAUGUGGACGGGCACAGCUCCAGCGAGGAUGCCAGCGCCUGCAUGCACCUGGUGAUCUGGAAGAUUCGAGAAGAUGCCAAGACCAAGCGGUGACUGCCGCCCGCCCUCCGCCCGCCCUCCUGCUCCUGCUUCCCACUGCCCCUGGCACAUCCUCUAGCCCCAGGCCUCUUCCAAAACAGUGCAAUAAAUCUCGAGAGCUAACCCUGUCCCCAUCACCAAGAUGCAAAGUGGAGCGCACAGGAGGAGCCACAUGGCACCCAGACCCAGCUCGGACCCACCAGGAGCCCAGGCCCUGGGUAGCCCGUGUGCCUGCCCUGCGUCCGCCCCAGAUUGCUCUUUUCUGGGGUCUGCUGCUGCUGACAGUGGAGGCCGGACCACCCGUCGGGCCCUGCUGGUAUCCCUGGCAGUGACCCUGUAGACGGACCACCUGUCCUCUCCCCUCACCUGCAGUGUCCAGUGGGCCAGGUAGUCUUGUCAUGGGCUUGUUUGGACAGGGGUUGUCUUUGUUUAUUUUGUAUGUUAUUUUUAUUAUUUUUAUUUAAACCUGAUGACUUGCAAAGUUGUCUUCCCCCCACCUGGAGGAGCAAGACCCUGGUGCUGCUUUCCUUCCUGGGGGGGGGGGGGCAAUCAGCUGGUGCUGCCGCAGGCACCAGGGCCCCAGAGGCCGCCCAGCCUGGGCCUGGCUGGGUGGGAAUUGGUCCCCCUCAACCACCGGGACUCCUCGACCUCCAGGAACUGAGCCAGCCCUCAGGGCUCCGGCCUCUGAACACUUCCCGUCCGAGUCCCGCCCUCCAGGCCCACGGCCCCUCCCCAAUGCCUCAGCCGCCAGGCAGGGACAGAAUAAACGUUUGUAUGAAUUUUACUUGCCGUGG